CUGGCGCGGCGCCAGGCCUGAGUCACGCUGCCCGCCCGUCCGCCCCUCAGCUCCCUCCCAGCUCCUCCCCAGCGCCUCACCUCCGCACUGCAGCUCGGGUGAGCCCGCCCAGCCGCCCGCUGCUUGUGGCCGGGGCAGGCAUGGGUGGAGGGCCAGGGGCUGCCUGUCCUGCCCCCUUGCUAGGCAGCCUUUCCCCUCCACUGAGGCCUGGUUAAUUAUAGCUCUGACCUAAGUGCCCUGUGACGCCACCCGGCCGGCCCUGCCGGGGAGACCCAGCAGCCAGGCCUGAGAAGGCCUUCAGGUUGUCUGGGGGACGGAGGAGGAGCCAGGCUGGAGCAAAGGAGGCGGCCGAGGAGGUGCCCAUGUGGACGAACAGCCAGGCCUGCCCUGGAGUUGCUGCUUCCCCCUCCCUUGAGAGCCUCCUGUCCCCUGGUCCAUGUCCCAGCCAUGCUCCCUGCGGAGGAGCCCCUGUCCUACCUGGGCCCCUCAGUGCUGCUGCUGCUGUCGCAGCUGCUGCUGUCCCCCGCAUCUGCCUUCUUCCCCAAUAUCUGGAGCCUUGUGGCCGCCCCCGGCUCCGUCACCCACCAGGACCUGACCGAAGAGGCUGCGCUAAAUGUCACCCUGCAGCUCUUCCUGGAGCAGCCACCCCCGGCUCGGCCCCCGCUUCGCCUCGAGGACUUCCUGGGCCGCACCCUCCUCGCCGAUGACCUCUUUGCUGCAUACUUUGGACCUGGGUCUCCUUCCCGGCGGUUCCGAGCAGCCCUAGGAGAGGUGGCCCGUGCCAAUGCAGCUCAGGACUUCCUGGCAGCUUCCAAGAAUGACCCUGACCUGCACUUUGAUGCAGAGCGGCUGGGCCAGGCACGCGAGCGACUGGCGGGGGCUCUGCAGGAGACCCUGGCGGCAGCCAGAGCCCUGGAGCACACGCUGGCCCGCUGGCGCCUCGGGGCCGCACUGCACGCCUUGCAGGAUUUCUACAGUCACAGCAACUGGGUGGAGCUGGGGAAGCAGCGGCCACACCCUCACCUCCUCUGGCCCAGGAGGCAGGAGCUCUGGAGCCUGGCACAAGUGCAUGAUGCUACCUGCUCUGAUUGUGGGGAGAUGAGCUGCCCUGGGAAUUUGCUGGGUUCUACUCUGCUCACUUCCGGCUACUUUGGAAUUCAUUCCCCCAAACCUCCAGGGAAAUGUAGCCAUGGGGGCCAUUUUGACCGGAGCAGCUCCCAGCCGCCCCGGGGAGGCAUCAACAAGGACAGCACAUCCCCGGGCUUCUCCCCCCACCACACGCUGCACCCGCAGGCUGCAAAGCUGGCCCUUCUGGCCUCCAUCCAGGCCUUCAGCCUCCUGCGAGGCCACCUGGGAGACAAGGGCUUCUCCAGGCUGCUGGACAUCACCCCGGCCUCCAGCCUCAGCUUUGUCCUGGAUACCACGGGCAGUAUGGGCGAGGAGAUCAGUGCUGCCAAGAUCCAGGCUCGCCACAUCGUGGAGCAGCGGCGAGGUGGCCCCAUGGAGCCCGUCCACUAUGUCCUAGUGCCUUUCCACGACCCAGGGUUCGGCCCUGUCUUCACAGCCAGUGACCCUGACAGCUUCUGGCAACAACUCAAUGAGAUCCAGGCCUUGGGGGGUGGAGACGAGCCUGAGAUGUGCCUGUCGGCGCUGGAGCUGGCCCUGCUGCACACCCCGCCACUCUCAGACAUCUUUGUCUUCACGGACGCCUCCCCCAAGGAUGCCUUUCUCACCAGCAGGAUUGGGUCCCUGACCCAGGAGCGGCACUGCAGGGUGACUUUCCUGGUGACGGAGGAUCCAUCGAGGGGUCAGGGUCGGACUCGGCGUGAGGUCUUGUCACCUCUGCGGUUUGAGCCAUAUGAAGCAGUGGCCCUCUCGUCAGGAGGAGAAGUGAUCUUCACCAAAGAUCAGCACAUUCGGGACGUAGCGGCCAUUGUUGGGGACAGCAUAGGUGCUCUGGUGACUCUUCCCCUGGAACCUCCUGUCUUGGUUCCUGGGAGAGCAGCUGUGUUCAUUGUGGAUGGGCUGCUCCGGAAGCUCACUGUCCGGAUGCAUGGGGAGAUCAGCAGCUUCUGGAUCAAGAGCCCUGCAGGGGAGUCUCAGAACCACGAGGAAGGUGUGGGUCUACUAGGUCACACUCGCCGCUUUGGCCAGUUCUGGGUGGUGACUGUGACGGACCCCCCCCAGACAGGGAUGUGGGAGAUCCAUGUCACAGCUGAGGGCGCCCCUCGGCUGAGAGUGCAAGCCCAGACCGGCCUCGACUUCCUCUUCCACUUUGGGAUCCCCAUGGAGGAUGGACCCCACCCUGGCCUCUACCCCCUGGCUCAGCCAGUUGCAGGGCUCCCGACCCAGCUGCUAGUGGAAGUGACCGGGCUGGGCUCCAGAGGCAACCCUGGGGGUCCUCCGCCGCACUUCUCCCACGUCGUCCUUCGAAGGGUUCCAGAGGGCACCAAGCUGGGUCAGGUGGCCCUGGAGCCCAAGGGCCCCCCAGAGCGAGGUCUCCUCGCGGCCUCACUGCCGCCAGCGCUGCUGUCCGCCCCCGGCCCCUUCUCCCUGGAGCUGAUAGGCCAGGACGGAGGCGGGCAGGGCCUGCACAGGGCUGCCCCCCAGCCUUGCACCGUGGCUCCCGUCCUGCUGGAGCUCAGCGGACCCCCAGGUUUCUUGGCCCCGGGCAGCAAGGCCCCGCUCAGCCUCCGCGUCGCCAGCUUCUCCGGCUCUCAGGAUCUCGACCUCAAGACCUCCGUCAACCCUAGCUUCGUCCUCACCUCCAAUCUGUCCAGGGCCCGUCUGGGGCUGAAUGAGUCCGCCUGGGGGCGCCUGUGGCUGGAGGUCCCGGAGUGCGCGGCCCCCGACUCCGUGGUGCUGGUGACUGUGUCCGCGGUGGGUCGCGAAGACAGCCCGGCGCCCCCGACCCACGCCUUUCUCCGGUUUGUGGUGCUGGCCCUGGGCUCCCAGGUGAGGCCCCCGCCUUUCCCCGAGCGGGCCGGGGCCGAGGAGCGCAGGGCCGAGGAGGAAGGCGCGGGCGCAGCCCGGCGGCCUCCUGCGCCCCUGCCCGGGGCCGCUCGCGCCUCUUCGCCCCCGACUCCGCGGCCUCGGGCCGGGGCUGCGGGGCGGCAGGCCGGGGGCCCCCGCUGGGGCGCCAUCGGGGGCGCUCUGCUGCUGCUCCGCCUGCUCUCCCGCUAGCGGCCGCCUUCUGAAAGCGCAAAGGGAAGCCUGCGGUGUUGAGAGAGCGGUGGGCGUCCCGCAGUGCGCCUUCCCCGCCUGUGCGGAAAGCAGACUGGAGACCUGGCGGAAAGCAGACUGGAGACCUGGCGGCUGGGGAAGCCGCCCUCUGUGGCUUUGGAGCAUCACCAUGCCAUCACCGGGUGCUUAGUCACAGAGUUGUUUUACUAUAAAUUCUGAAGCAGCUUCUAUUUUAUUUUAUUUAUUUAUUUUUUGUUAUUUUAUUUUUGUGUUUAAAGCUGAUAGUUUCAUGAG